GUGGAUCACGACCAUAUUUUAUGAGGAGGAAGAAGUAGAAGAAGCAGUUCCCGAACACACACCAAGAUUAGCAAGAUCUCAGAAACACUCUGAAGCACGAUGGCAGCAACCGGAAACGCCCCAGUCAUCCAGAUGGUAGCGGCUCCAAGAUAUCCAGCUGUGCUACCCGGCCCCUCUGCUGCUCCUGCACAACGUGCUCCGGCACCACAGCACGACAGCAGCCGUAACCGCACUGGGAUGCGACAAAGCUCUGUGCAGAGGUUGAUGGUGAUGGCGAAGGCAAAUCCGGAGUUUGCAAGCCCCAUGGCAUCUUUCCGCAACAUGCUUAUCCUCGUCGUGUGUGUCGUCGUGGGAGUCUCCAUUGCUGUGGUGUGGCUUCUUAGACGUGCCACAGACGACGACAAGUGGGUGCGAAAUGAAACCAUUAUCCUGAGGCGGGGACCUGUGGGUUCCAUUACUCUGGAUUUGGUUGAGGAGGACAACAUCACACCGCACCAGACUGUGUUCGAGACUGUUGGGAGGCGGAAGGCCGGUAGAGAUCCUGGUGACACCCCAGCAGCCGAUCUAUCGACGACCAAAGAAGGAUCGUCCACACGCAGUACCGUGGUUCGGACAACUCGUCGUAGAUGGCGGAAGGACACUCCGGAAGAGACAGACAGUUAGGUCAAACGCCUGAAAGACUCCCACGCUACGGCGCCCAAGGGAAACUAAACUAUGUCUUUCUCGCAAGCACCGGGUGAUCGUUGCGUGCGGUUUCUAUUAGUGUUUUCUAAUUGGAGCGGAGUUGCCAGAAUUUUUGGAACAUGCUGAUUGACGACUAACAUUAUGACGUCCCUCUUGCGUGCAUGUAAUACAUACAAUAUAUAUGUACAAUAAAACAACUUU